UUUGAAAUCUGUGUUGUUGUUACAUGUAAUUAGAUGUACGCCUGUAUCGCCCUGUUGUUUAAAAAAUAACACAAUGACGUAUAAAAUGUAUAAAAUCCAAAGGCUACAGGUAUCUCAGUUAAUCUGUCCUUCUGUCCCAGACUGUACUGGUUCUGUCUUCUUAAUAAACCUUAAGAUUAACUUUUUCAGACCCUAAAAAAUCGUUAUUUUAGGUAAGUCUGCAUCACCCACUGUAACAUCUUGACUGAAAUAAACCCUCUAAUAGACACGAUUUCAAUUUUACAUUCAGAUACAAACUGCUGAGCUUUGUAUAUAGAUUAGUUUGAAGAACAUCCCUUUUCAGUUUUUUGAAAAACAAAUAGCAAUCAUAUGUGAUUGCUAUGAAUAUUUGCAUUGCAUAUUGACAGCGGUUUAAGAGCAUAUAUUUCCUAUGCUAAAUGACAAUAUAGAAUAAAGUUACAUUUCUCCGUUUUAUAUAGGUCUGUUUUUCGUUUUGUUACCAUGAGAUAACACAUAAUAAGCUACAAUUCCAACAGUUAUAUGAUUGAUGCUUACUACUUCUAUAAUUUCUAAAGUUUUUCAACAUGAAACAAAAAUUGAAGAUUCUCCAAAGGGGCUUUCAGUUGCAUUGUGGGAAGUGUAUAUUCUCUGCCUACACAUGUCUAUUAGGCUUGUAUUAGAGACAAAAUAAGCUCAGCCCUAUUGAAAGUCAUUGGCAACUGGCUGUCGUUAUCCCCCGAGUUCCCGCUCACCGGUUGGCUGGAAGAUGAGUCUUUUCUGAAUUUGACAGUCUGUCAAAGAGUGGGAGGCCUUUAGUGACGUCAAAGCCUAGAAAAGUGGCUCCGAUCAACUGAAGGGGAACUGGGAACAGCUGAAAUGAACAGCGCAUUAGUGUGUGCCUGUGGAUUUUAUAUCAUCUACCUGUCCCUGUCACUCUGACACUACUGCCACUAACAGUGUCAGCCAGGAUAUUUUUAUUUGCCUCAGCUCCCUCCAAAAAUCUUUAUUUCCUUCUGAUACUGAUAAUACUGGUAGGGCUUUAUUUUAAGACAUCUUAAGCCGUUUAAGUAGAGCUGUUCAAGUUAUUUAUUGGAGGGGCUGCACCGCGUAAAUCUUGAUACCACAGAUUUUCUCCUUUUCUUCCCGUCGGACGCUUUGGUGGCGCUAAGGAACUUAAUCUGUUUGAAACACCGAAUCUUUCUCUCGCCUAUCGAUGAACUCUAUGAAGGAUCCAUUGAAUUUGGACCAUCUAUCCGGGAAUAAACUAAUUUCUCCACACCAAACAACAUUAACUAUGGCUUCUAGUCUGCAACCUUUGCAGCGCUCUGUAGAAUCCAAACACCGACUGGAGGUACACACUGUGUCAGACACCUCCAGUCCGGAAUCUGUAGAUAAAGAAAAAAGCCAGAGUAAAAACGAUGACGCUUCGGAUGAUCCUUCAAAAAAGAAAAGACAGCGACGGCAGAGGACUCAUUUUACUAGUCAGCAGCUACAAGAACUGGAGGCCACGUUUCAGCGAAAUCGGUAUCCAGAUAUGUCAACCAGAGAGGAAAUCGCUGUCUGGACCAAUCUCACAGAAGCACGAGUCAGGGUAUGGUUCAAGAACCGACGGGCAAAGUGGAGAAAAAGGGAAAGGAACCAACAAGCGGAACUUUGCAAGAACGGCUUUGGUCCUCAGUUCAACGGACUGAUGCAGCCCUAUGAUGACAUGUACCCCAGCUACACAUAUAAUAACUGGGCCGCCAAGGGUCUCACGUCGGCUUCCCUCUCUACCAAAAGUUUUCCUUUCUUCAAUUCCAUGAAUGUCAAUCCGCUUUCUUCUCAGACUAUGUUCUCUCCACCGAACUCCAUCUCUUCCAUGAGCAUGUCCUCCAGCAUGGUGCCCUCCGCUGUUACUGGCGUGCCUGGCUCCGGUCUCAACAGUCUCAAUAACUUGAACAACCUCAGCAACCCCUCUCUGAAUUCUGGAGUUCCAACCCCGGCUUGCCCUUACGCCCCUCCAACCCCUCCUUAUGUGUACAGGGACACUUGUAACUCCAGUUUGGCCAGCCUGAGACUUAAAGCUAAGCAGCAUUCAAGUUUCGGAUACGCCAGUGUUCAGAAUCCAGCUUCUAAUCUGAGUGCUUGCCAAUACGCUGUGGAUAGACCAGUGUAAAACUAGAAGAAUUCCCAGACCGAUUGAUGAGAACGAAAGACUCUACAAAAUGACUUUUUUUUUCUUUUAAAAUGGCACUACAGACUAAACCACUCAGAUGGGCUAAAGCCGCAAUGGAGUUUCUAAUUUAAUUGGAACUAAUUAGGCAUUCUCCAUUAAGUAUGUUUGUUCCUCGAGUGUGAGUACAGAAUUCGACUGGAUACUUUAUUUUAUAAACUUGUUAUUUUAAAGAUUAGAGUUUUGGACAGUAAGUGAUUGAAAGGAUGUACAUAUAUCGAAAUGUCAAAAUAAUUUUAUAAAAGCUAAUGCUAUCUUAACAAUGUUUUCAAAGUUCAGUUAAACAGAGCAUGUGGACAACGUAAAGGAAUAAUGUUUUGCUUGCAAAUAAGGGAAUGUAUAUACUAAAUGCACCAGUUGUAUGUUUCUAACAUAUUAUAAUAAUAUUAAAUGUCUGUGUGACUAUCGGUUUUAGAGUAGCAACCCUGGUUAUAAAACGCAACCCAAUGUUCCUGCGAAAUAGAAUUUUGCCUUGUGUAUAAUAUUUGGUACCGAUUUUUGUUUCGUUUUUGAACACCAAAAAUAAUAAAAUAUUGUGUUUUAUUUAAUGGGAGUAAAUCUAUUGUAACGU